UUCGGAGUGCAGUACAUAAGAACCCAGUCGGGAGUGAAGUGAUUAAAUUUGCACCUGCUUUUUUUUAAACUCAAAUUAUCUUCAGCUAGUACAAGGCCAACACAAAACAAGAAUCCACCGGUAAUCGUAAUCGCCGUCCCCAGGACCUGCUGGGCCCGAAAAAAUCGAACUCGCAGAGCAGCCAGGAAAGCAGCCUGUCCUGCGGAUCGACCAUUUACGUCCCGCAACCGUUCAUCUAUCCAUCCGGCUAUCCAUCCACCAUAAAUCUAUCCACCGGCUGUUCACCAGCUGGCCGGAGGACCGACUUACUUCCAUCCAAAGCAGGAUUCCCCCUGAGAAACAUAAUGCUCUUAUGCGGUUCGUAACGGAGUGGAAGAAUAAUAAGUUCGAGGAUCUUGAAAUGGCCAUAGAGCAGGCUGUGGCGCACUGCGGCGUGAUAUGGAAGGUAAUGUCCACUCAAGAGCGGGGAUCCUACAACUCAGGAGCCAAGGAUGCAGUCGUGAUAAAACGCAACAACAGGAUGGAACGCCAUGAGUCCUAUGGCCAACGAGUCUCCCAGGUGCAGCAGGCCAAACGAAAGGUGGACGAUAGUGAGAACCACAUGAAACGCAUGUUAAUGGACGCCCAGAAGUCACAAGAUCUGGAGGACAUCAGGGCCAUGGAACCACCGAUGUCUAAGUGCCCGCCGAGUUCCCAGCCUGCGAUUACUUGCUGAAAAAUGGUGUCUGCUCCAUAUUCAGCAUCCUGAAAGUCCCAUCCAAGGAGGAGAGGUCAGAGAUGUCCUGCACCAUUCGUCCACCACGCACAAUCUGCCACUGCGACCUAACGCCAUCAGUAGGAACAUGUGCGGGUUGUGCCAGAAGAUUAUAGACUGCUCGGCCAAGGGCCAGGGGCUUGAGCCACGAACUGUGAUCACCGCCAAGGGUAAUAGUAAUAUGGCAAUUAUUUCCUCUUUCAAAUUGGAUGGGGAUGACACUGAAGACGCAUUCCGGAGUCAGAUCCUUGACAUUCUGUAUUUGCAAUAUCGAAUGUCAUGAACCUGGAUCCUUUGACCGCCGUCUUCAGUGCCUUCCUCGUCCAAGAAGUUGGGGCACUUCUUAGCCAUAUUAAUAUUAUUCCUUGGUGUGGUGGACCACACUUUGUGCCUUGGGUAGCUGGCCCUUGCCCAAGUAGUCGAUAACCUUUAGGCAUCAUUCACACAAGUUCCCUCACUGAUGGCGUUAGGUGGCAGCGGUGGAUUAUGCGUGGUUGAUGAAUGGUGUUGGGCUUCUCUGGCCCUUAUCCUUGGUGGG